CGUGGAUCAAGCACUGAUAUCAAACUAUGGCGGAUAACGAAGUGGGAGAUCGCACGGCGGAUCAAAACGAGACCAAGCCACUUCUGGAAAAAGAACCUGAAGAUGAGUUGCAAGGUUGUGGGAGUGUGGCUAUAUGUAAUCCAAAACGUCGGUUACAUCGUUAUAUUGUUCUCGUGUUCAUAUGUUCGCUCAGUUUUGGAUCAUACUUUUGCUAUGAUAACCCAGCUGCAUUACAAAAACAGAUUGAACGGGACAUGGAAGUAACUACAGAAAGCUAUGCAAUGUUAUAUGCAUUGUAUUCGUGGCCUAAUGUCAUACUCAGUUGCCUUGGAGGAUAUUUAAUAGACAAAGUAUUUGGCAUAAGACUCGGCGCCAUUGUAUUCAGUUUAUUUGUUUUAGCUGGCCAGAUUGUCUUCGCCAUUGGAGCAUACAUAGGAAGCUAUCCUGUAAUGGAAUCCGGAAGGUUUAUCUUCGGUCUUGGUGGGGAGAAUCUUGCUGUUGCUCAGAACACAUAUUCCGUUUCCUGGUUUAAGGGGAAAGAGUUGAAUUUAGUGUUUGGUUUACAGCUCAGUAUUUCGCGAGUGGGCAGCACCGUGAAUUUGAAUGUAAUGAGGCCAAUUUACAAUAUGUUCUCGGAAAGGUUUGGAAUUGGACAUGUGACCUUAGGAUGGACACUCUUUGUAGGUGUACUUUUCUGUCUAUUGUCAUUACUGGCUGCCUUAAUUUUGGCCUUCUUUGACAGGCGAGCCGAGCGUAUAUUAAAGAGAGGCGAAAGCAAAACGGGUGAGGUGAUACGUCUGUCUGAUAUUAAAGAUUUUCCGCUCACAUUGUGGUUGAUCUUCUUUAUAUGUGUCGCUUACUACGUGGCUGUUUUCCCAUUUGUCAGCUUGGGCGUUUUAUUUUUCGAAUAUAAAUAUGACGUAACUCCUGCUACAGCAAGUAUUCUCAACAGCAUCAUGUUUUUCAUAUCUGCCGGAGCAUCACCCGUGUUUGGAUUUCUUGUCGAUAAGUUUGGGCGAAAUGUUUCAUGGAUACUUCUUGGAGUCUCGAUGACCCUUGGCUGUCACGUGUACAUGGCAUUUACAUUUUUCUCUCCCAUUGUGUCUAUGGUUUUUAUGGGUUUAUCGUACUCAAUAGUAGCAUGUGCAUUGUGGCCCUUAGUGGCUCUGGUAGUGCCAGAGCAUCAACUUGGAACUGCUUAUGGACUCAUGCAGUCGAUACAGAAUCUUGGCCUUGCUCUUAUUAACAUGGCGGCCGGUGCCAUUGUCGACGCCAAAGGCUAUCUAUUUUUAGAAGUAUUUUUCUGUGCUUGGCUAUGCAUUGCGUUGAUGUGCACUAUUAUGCUUUAUCUGGCUGAUUCAGCCAAAGGCGGGAAACUUAAUCUGUCAACAAAACAAAGAAACCAAUUACAAUUACCGAAAUCAGCGCUAACGUUCUCCACUGACGAAAACCAAAAGAAUGAUCCGUAUACAUAUGAUGGACAAACAUCUAUACAGCCUCGGUCAGCUCAACAACUCCGGUUCCGAUAUCUAUCACGAGUUGGCAAAAAUAAAUUCCAGGUUCCUGUUUCUCACAGAUCAUCUGCCCUGGCAUAUCCUCACUUGUUAAAAUGAAUAUCAAAAAAAGAUUACGACCCACAGGAGAUGACCCGAAACAAAAUUGGUGUGGGCUUUUUUUAACAUUGCUAAAUUGAUUUAAUUUUAGUAGCCAAUUUGUACUAGGAAUGAUUUGAAAAUUUAUAUUUUUGAUAUUUC